AUGGAUCACCCGGGAUGCUUCAUCCUGCUCUUCCUAGGUACAUUCCAUGUGGUGAAGGAGGAUAAGAACUGGACAGAAGCUCAGCAAUACUGCAAAGAGGAGUUCACAGACCUCGCCACCAUAGACAACAUGAGGGAGAUGAAGAUAUUAAAUAGCACAAUGAAUGAAGCAGGGGGAAACUCCACACAUCCCUAUGUGUUGGUUAUUGAUACUAAUAAGAACUGGGCAGAUGCUCAGAGAUACUGCAUAGAGAAACACACAGACCUGGCCAGUGUGAGGAAUCAGACAGAGAAUGAGAAGAUACAGGCAAUCCUAGGGUCUUACACUAUAGCCUGGAUUGGCCUGUUCAGAGAUGCCUGGGAGUGGUCAGACGGCAGCACCUCCUCAUUCCGCCACUGGUCUCCAGACAAACUGGUUCUGGUUCAUCAGAAAGAGACCUGGAAAGAGGCGCUGCAGUACUGCAGAGAGCGCCAUGUGGACCUGGUGUCUGUGACCUCCGAGCGGAUCCAGCGCUGGGUGAAGGAGCGGGCUAAAGAAGCCUCCAGUACUCACGUGUGGAUGGGCCUGCGCCACUCCUGCAACUUGGGCUUCUGGUUCUGGGUCAACGGAGAGACGGUCUGCUACAGCAACUGGGCCCCAGGGGGAGAGACAGAGCCGGACUGCACAGAUGGACUGGAGCAUCAGAGUGCCAGAGUGGGGGCAGUGAAGUCUGGAAUAGAUGGGAAGGGAGAGUGGGUCAUGCUUCCACAGACCGAGAAACUCAACUUCAUCUGCACCACUGAGGCUUAUAUGUCCAUCGUUACCGUCGUCUGUGUCAUGUCGAGAAAAGACCUCCUGUUUCGACCUGAUUCGUCCUCAUAG